AAGACAUCUAUAUUAACAAUGAAAAUUCCAGCCGCCAUAGAACAUGAGGUAGCUGUGCUUUUCCACCGGCAUGAAAGCAUUGGGCAUGUUCCAACGGCAUUAUUCAGCAGAUUCAUGGGCACUGCGAUGACGAAGGCUUGAGCCGGGCCGAGCACGCAUGGUUAUACACUACGGUCAAUGCAAACGUGCAGUUCAAACUCUCAAGAAUGGCGCAGAUCCUGAGGGAGCCGAACUCCAGAGCGAAUUUACAAUUUCUCCACAUGACUCCGCAAAUGAUAACCACCCUCUCCGAAUCUCAGAUGAUGUUUCUCGGCGCGAUGAAGGCUGCAGGACAAGUCGCGGAGACGCCGCUCGCGCAGCUGUACCGGAUAUACACUUACAUACUCAUGGAUGACCAUGAGCAGAUAAACUUCCAUCUCGAGGCUCUCUGGCAGCAGCCCUGGCGCAUUCGCAAUAUCCCGGACCCACUGGAUCCGGAGCCUGAGCGCUACGCUUUCUUGGCCUGCACUGCUGCGCUUGUGUGUCGGCUGUUCAAUGAAAAGAUAAAUGCGGGAAUGCAUCGUCCGAACGCGGCAAGACUCGGCUGGUGGAAGUUUAGAAGGUCAAAGUUUGAAGAGGCAGGUCGUGAGAAGGCGCCAGCAUGGGCAGAGCGUGUCCCGCCUCUUGAGGAGACGCUCACGAUAUGUCAAUUUGAUUGCAAGUAUCAGCGCAUCACGCUUGAAAGUUUUGAUGAUUUCAGAGCCUCGCCGGAGUUCGCGAAGAAAAACAUUUUGCUUACAAGCGCGAACAUCGACUUCAUGAGGAAUCUUGAUGAUCCAUAAAGCUCGAUGGCGUAGUCGUCCAUUGAUCUCCCCAAGAUUGCGAACUGAACCCCGUAAGCUGUGAGUUGUGAGGUGCAAAAUAGGGGCAUAGUGUCAUUGUAUUCUCGUUGAAAGCGAGACGUGACUUCGCUCACUUAGAGCAAGCUCUUGAGAGGCCAUCGUCUUCCGGAAUGGCGAUUUAGAACGCACUUUAAUCUUUUUGGAGGUCAUCCACUAUAUCGUCGGCGCUCAAGCAAACCACGCGAUCGUCUAUCCAAGGGCACGUUCGUUGGGCUGAUGAUCGGAAUGGCGCACAAGCGGGCAUCAGCGCCAAGGGUACGGUCAUCUCUCUACCCGCCCACAUGUCAGAUAUUUCAUUGUGGUACAUUCGUCGCUUCGAACACUAAAUAACUCGCUUUAAGAACUAAAAUGGGUGUUCGCAUAUCAAGA